AUGUCUCAUCCACAAACCACCUUUCGCCAGACAACCUUCAAGGGGGACUCGGUCCUCUCAAGGAGACGAAAGACUGUUUCUCGUACCACGGUCCACGCCCAGCUGGAGCAGUUGCGGUCAACUGGCCGAUAUGACUGCUUCAAGCUCAAGUGGCAUCCUAUCUACGCAGACAAGUCCAUGUGGCCGGUGCCUUUUCAUCUCUUCUGGGAUAGCGAUAUUGCCAAAUGGAUCGAAGGAGCCUGCUAUUUUCUCGCUGACGACUAUGAUGCCGAGAUUGAUAAGACAAUAUGUGAGCUUGUGGGGAUGAUCAGAGGAGCUCAGCAGGAAGACGGUUACUUGAACGUCCAUUAUACUGUAGUCGAGCCUGAUAAACGAUGGUACAAUCUCAGAGAUAUGCAUGAGAUGUACAAUGCUGGCCAUCUUAUUGAGGCUGCUGUCGCCCACGAGGGUUACUAUCACAACAACCUACUCAUCGAGCCAAUUGGGAAGUAUGUAGCCCACAUUCGGAAGCGAUUUGGCCCUGGUGAGGGCCAGUUAAGGGGAUACCCCGGUCACCCUGAGAUUGAACUUGCUCUGUUUCGUCUCUACAAAGCAACUGGGAGUACCGACGCCUUUGAGUUGGCACAGUACUUUCUGACAGAGCGGGGAAAUCCAAAGGGACAGGAUGGCAAGCAUUACUAUGAUUGGGAGAUGGAGAAAAGAGGAGAGAUCUCAUGGCAACGACCUGAUGCUUACCCUGAGCAUGGCACCCUUUGGUACUGCCAGGCGGAUUCUCCAAUUGUCGAGCAAAAGACCAUUGAGGGACAUGCUGUCCGGGCUAACUAUCUGCUUACUGCAGUUGCCGAUAUGCUUUACCUCUCGAAGGAGGACGGCCGGCCCAUCCCCAAUGCAGAAGGUUGGUCUGAAGCCCUGCACAGGCUGUGGAACAACAUGGUCGACAAGAAGAUGUACAUGACAGGAGGCGUCGGUGCCAUCAAGCAGUGGGAAGGAUUCGGCAUCGACUAUUUUCUCCCUCAAGGAGCAGAUGAGGGCGGCUGCUACAACGAGACUUGCGUUUCCAUCGCCGUCAUGAUGCUUGCCGAGCGGAUCUUGCAUCUUGACCUCGACGCCCACUAUGCCGACAUCAUGGAGCUGUGCCUGUACAACACCGUCAUGACUGCGAUGAGCCUUGAUGGAAAGGCCUUUACGUACGUUAAUCAGCUGGCUAGUACCGAAGCCGACAAGAGCGUGCGUGAAGAGUGGUUCUGGUGCGCUUGCUGCCCCCCUAAUCUGACCAGACUCUUCGGUAGUCUAGGUGGCUAUCUGUGGGAUUACGGCCACGAAGCGGAUAAUGUCUUCGUCAACGUACACUUGUACACUGGUGCUGAGCUUACCUUCGAUGCCAAUGGGUUGCCUGUAACCCUCCAGCAGAGGUCUAACUGGCCAUGGGAGGGCAAGGUAGACUUCCAGCUCUCAGUUCCAUCUUCUCUGCGAGCCGUUGUCCGACUGCGUCUUCCAGCAUGGUCUAAUGGGGCGUAUAUCUUGACACCAUAUCCGCAGCCAGGCACAGUCAAGGUCGAAAAGGGGUACAUCUGCCUGGACCCUGCCUAUGUUUCUGAGAACCCUUCAUUCUCUCUUCAAGUCCUCGGCUUCGAGCCUAGAUACCUCUCGCCUCACCCAUACACGAAUCAGCGGACUCUGACACUCGCUCGUGGGCCAAUUGUGUACUGUGUCGAAGAUGCCGACAAUCCAUGGGAGACCAACCACUUCAAGGAUGUUUUCCUCCGAACAGACUCGAAAGUGGUUGAGAAGAUGGUGACCGAUGAAAAGACUGGAGAAGAAUAUGUGGCUUUGCAGAGCAAAUGCUGGAAGCAAUCUAUUUCCACUCAUGCUUCCCUCAAGGUUGAUGGAGACUCUGCCACACCACAGGACCUAAUAUUUGUUCCUUACUAUUUCAGGGCCAAUAGGGGAGGGAAGGGACAGAUGAGGGUUGGGUUGAUGAAUGGGGGUAUCGAGUCAGGUUUUAUCUUCCCUGAAAGACUGUAG